CCUAGAGUUGUGGAAAAAUAUUUCUCUGGGCCUACCAUUACUUUGGAAAACACCAGGGUCGUUAGCCAGUCAUUGCAACAUUACCUGGAAUCUGCCAGGGACCGUGGAGGAUUUGAAGAAUAACGAAAGUCAGUGGAAAGAUUCUCCUCUAGCUACCAGGCAUCGAGAGAUGUUGAAGCGAUGCAAAACCCAACUCAAGAAAUUGGUGCGAUGCAAAGCUUGUGCAGAUGCCGGCCUGUUAGAUGAGAAUUUUCUCCGAAGGUGCCUCAACUUUUACAGCGUUGUGAUCCAGCUCUUGCUACGGAUUCUUGAUCCUGCCUACCCUAACAUAAAACUGCCUUUAAACCCAGAUGUCCCAAAAGUCUUUGCAGCGAUGCCUGAGUUUUACGUGGAAGACAUUGCGGAAUUUUUGUUUUUUAUUGUACAAUACUCGCCUCAGGUACUCUACGAGCCUUGCACUCAGGAGCUGGUCACCUUCUUGGUGGUCAUGCUCUGCAACCAGGACUACAUCCGGAACCCUUACCUGGUGGCCAAGCUGGUGGAGGUGAUGUUCAUGACCAACCCAGCCGUCCAGCCCCGGACUCAGAAGUUCUUCGAGAUGAUCGAGAACCAUCCGCUCUCCGUCAAGUUGCUGGUUCCUUCCCUGAUGAAGUUUUACACAGAUGUGGAGCACACUGGGGCCACCAGCGAGUUCUACGACAAAUUUACAAUCCGCUAUCACAUCAGCACCAUCUUCAAAAGCUUGUGGCAGAACAUAGCUCACCACGGGACCUUCAUGGAAGAGUUCAAGUCACUCAUCAUGAAAAAGAGGCUGGAUGGACACCACAUAUCUGGGCUGGAUGCAUCUCUUAAGGAAGGACCAAUAAUUUUUAAAGUGAUACAGUGGAAAACAAACAAGGGGAUGGGUUCAUGUUGCUGGUUCCUGGCUUCUUGUGUUGUUGCUUCUCUCCCACACCUCUCCCAUGCUGCGUUUUCUCUUCCGUUGCAGGAGCUUGGACCACGGCUGGCCGCGAUGCUGAACUUCAACCUUCAGCAGCUGUGCGGCCCCAAAUGCCGCGAUCUGAAAGUCGAAAACCCCGAGAAGUAUGGCUUUGAACCAAAGAAGCUUCUGGAUCAACUGACGGACAUCUACCUGCAGCUGGAUUGCGCCCGUUUUGCAAAAGCGAUCGCGGACGACCAGAGGUCUUACAGCAAGGAGCUAUUUGAGGAGGUGAUUUCGAAGAUGAGAAAAGCCGGCAUCAAGUCGACCAUAGCGAUAGAAAAAUUCAAGCUGCUUGCGGAGAAAGUGGAUGAAAUUGUUGCCAAGAACGCCCGCGCCGAAAUUGAUUACAGUGAUGCCCCGGAUGAGUUCCGAGAUCCACUCAUGGAUACUUUAAUGACCGACCCGGUCCGGUUGCCGUCGGGAACCAUUAUGGAUCGCUCCGUCAUUCUGCGUCACCUUCUCAACUCCUCCACGGAUCCCUUCAAUCGCCAGACACUAACGGAAAAUAUGCUGGAGCCAGUGCCUGAACUGAAAGAGCAAAUCCAAGCUUGGAUGAGGGACAAGCAGAACCCGGAUCACUGAGGUUACCCCCGGCAGCACACGCCGAGGUCAACUGCGGAGAGCAAGGCAGCGGAUCAAGGCGAGGGAAAUGCCAAAACCGUGGGGAGUUGAAGCCGAGUUGGGGCUCACGCAGUGCCUGCUGCCGCCACCACAAAGGACCGUGGAACCUUCUGGGCGAGGCAAAGGGGAAAGAGGCACCACACCGCCAAACGCAGCUUAACUCUCUCUUGUACAUAACUUUUAAGCGAUACAUCGGCAGUCGAUAGCAUUGUGGGUGGGAUUCAGUUAGCAAGUUCCUUUUUUGUUCUGAAAAAAAAAACACAACCCCAA